AUGUCUGAACUUCAUCCAUCAUUAGUCUUUGUUAAUAGUGCACGUUCCUGUGGUCUUAACGGUGAUUAUGAUGAAUGUCUGAGUGCAUAUUCUAAUGCAAAAAAGGAAGCCGAAAAAGAAAUCAGUUUGUGUCGUAACAUCAUUGAAAAAGGGAAAUGGAAUUCAUUAGUUAAAGACAUUGUUCAAGAAGAAGCUGCAAUUCGUCGUUUAAAAUCUACUAUUAGUGAAAUUACCUCUUUAAUUAACGUUGACGACCAACAUCGAUUAUUCAAUCAACAGAUCGAGCAAACUACAUCUAUUGUUAACACACCAAAUCGUCAAGAAAUGAUUAAUACUCCUCUUCGACGUCGACCUAAAGCAGGUGAAAAACGACCAUCCUUUAUCAACAAAGAACGUCGCAUAUCUCCUAAACGCGAAUCACCGCCAACACGUGCAAUCAAUAAUUCACAAAUUCCAUUUGAAAGUUUCAAACAAGUUCAUUUACCAGCCAAGAGCAGCAGUCGCGACAAUCUUAAAGACAAAGAACGCCAACAACGUUUAUUACAAACCAAGAAAGAAAUUCCACAAACGGAUAACCCAUUGAUGCAACAAAUCGUUGACAUGGGAAUUCUUGUUAAAGAACCUAACGUUCAAUGGGAUUCCAUUGCCGGUCUUAGCCAAGUUAAGCGACUGCUUCGACAAAAUCUUGUUAUUCUUCCUAUGCGUCCCGAUAUUGCUAAAGGUUUAUUAUCUCCAUGGCGUUCUGUUCUUUUUUACGGUCCACCAGGUACCGGUAAGACUUUCCUUGCGAAAGCAGUUGCUACUGAAUGCAAACGUACAUUCUUUAACAUCACAUCAGCAACUAUCACAAGUCGGUUCCUUGGCGAAUCAGAGAAAUUAGUUACAUACCUUUUCAACAUGGCAGAAGAAAUGCAACCAUCUACUAUCUUCUUCGACGAGAUCGAUUCUAUUGCAUCACAACGUGGCUCAGAAGGCGAACACGAAGCAUCACGUCGAAUGAAAGCACAAUUACUUACACGUCUUGAAGGCAUCGACGGCAGUUGUGAAUCCAAUGUUUUUGUUAUGGCCGCCACCAAUUUCCCAUGGGAUCUUGAUGAAGCUCUUCUUCGUCGAUUCCAGAAACGUGUUUACAUUCCAUUACCCGAUGAGGAAGGUCGUGAAAGUAUUUUGAACAUGUAUUUAGGUGAAUACAUUUGUCAUGAUUUCGACACACAAGGCUUUGUUAAGAAACUUGAUGGCUACAGUUGUGCGGACAUUGCAAACUUGUGUCGUGAUGUUGCACAGAUUGUUUUCGACAAACAAACACAACAUUUAGACACACAACAAUGGCUGAACAUGCCCGCCGAAGAUGCCAAAGUUUUUGUUACUAACGAAGACUUCGAAUCUGCUCUCAAGAAACGAAAGAGUUCAGUUGAUAAGAACACAAUCAAAAAGUACGAAGAAUGGCGUCAACUUAAAGGUGCUGAAUAA